AUCAGCCGGGUGGCGACAGACACCAGCUGCUGGAGUGGGUACGCACUCAGCUGCCCGACCAACCCGUGCACGACUUUGGCGCCGGCUGGCGGGACGGCGUGGCCCUUCGGCGCCUGGUGGACCGCCUGGUAACCGGCCACCCGAGUGUCACCGGUCGGCCGGAGGUCACCGCAGACCGGCCCGUGCUCAACGUCAAUGAGGCAUUCAGAAGGGCACGUGAUGUGCUACACAGCGCCGGUAGUGCAGCGCGAGGGGCAGUGCAGUCAACGCUGACCGUGACGGACGUCAUCUCUGGGUGCGACGAGGACCGACUGGCUGCCUACGUGGCCGCCCUGCGCGAGGCCGCCGAACGGCGAGGGGAGCCCGAACACCCUCCGGAGACCCCCGCCGACAUGGCCGAGCCGCCAGCGGCGGCAGCUGGCACCGGUCUGACGGCGCCCACACCGGCCGCCCGGCUCGACCUGCUGGUGGAGAUGCGCUCCGAGACGGGCGACUACUUCAGUCAGCGACUGACGCCGCGCUCGCCGGCCCGCAGGAGUCUGGAGGACGAGGCGCCGGCGCCCGUCUCCAGCAGCGGCCGGCCGAGGUCCAACAUCCCGGUGGGGUACCAGGUGACCGGCCGGACGGUGAACCUGUGGUACCAGCCGCCGGCGGCCGGCUGGCUCUCCCUCAGCAUCGUCAGCGGUGGACAGCACGUGGAGGGCAGUCCCUUCAGGGUGUACGUGGAGAGAACGAGGAAAAGAGGGUACAGUGGACGAUUCAGACAAGAACCAGAGCCAGACUCAGUAGCAGAGGCAGUGGUAGAGGCAGUGAAGGCGAAAGUGUCAGAAGCGGCUGUGAAGGCGGCGGAGGAAGAAGCGACUGAGGCAGCAGGAAAAGAAGUCGAGGGCCCUGCUGGACCAGAAGAGAAGGAACAAGACGAGACAGUUGAGUCAUCAUUAGAUGAACAGGUACAGAAACUGUCGAUGACACAGUCUGAGAGUGAGCCGGCAGAUGAAAGGGCUGAGAAAGUAGUAGAAGAUUCUGUCAAGGAUUCAGACAAGAUAUCGGCUGCAGAAGCUGUGGAACAGCCACUGGAGGAGUGUUCUGUAGAGACGGCCGGUGAGCCGCUCGUAGCGGAGGAAAAGGAGCCUGAGGAUGAAGCAGCUAGUGAAUCAGUGGUGGAGGCACCAGAGGUAGCGACAGAAGUAGUUGAAAGAGCAAAGAAUAUUGUGAGCGAGACAAUUGAAAAGGCACUGCAGCAAAUCCCGUUGAAUGCAUCGCAAAAAACAGUGGUGGACGCAGAGGUUGCUGAAGUGAUAGAAGACGUCGUGGGCUCAGCAGCAGAGGGAAAAGGAGAAUCAUCAGAAGGGAGCACGACAGAGUCACCUGAAGAAAUAGGAGAGCCGGCAGCAAAAGAAGUGAGAGAGCUAGAAGAGAAAGAAGAAAUGAAAGAGCCGCUGACAGAGGUAAUAGAAGCAAACCAGGCUACAGCACGGACUGAGGCAGUACCAUCUCCUACUCGCCGCACGCCGCCUCUUCGUCUUCUCUCCACCGUUCAGGAGAUGUCUGUAGACGUGCUCGUACCAACGGCUGAUGACGUUCACCCUGAUAACGUCACACCCAACAGUCCUAUUCUCGAAGAACAGAAGGAAGGCGAAAAGAGUGAGAAUCAGGAAAACAAUCAAAAUGAAGACAGGAAGCCGUCUACACCAAUUGAACAGCUGUCUGAUCAGCCAGACACCCUACCAACCCCCGCACCCCAUUCCGGUGACAAGGUAAGCUCCGAUCCGAAUGCAGAGCAGGAUCCGUUAGCGGAGCCAGAAAGUCCCGGCGCUGCAGCUUCAAAGGAUGCCGCCACCACCACCACCAUACCGACAGGUGAAUUUCCGGAAGCUGCAGCGGCUGUCUCUCCCAGACAGGUGUCAGAGCCAAAGCAGCGUAGUUUAGAACAAACGGCCGCCGCCCUGGUGGCGGCAGUGGUGUCGGCUGCGGAGGCGGCUCUGGCGUCAGUGGACGCUGGUGGUGACGCCGACCAGUCCGCACAAACACCUAACGAGCAUAACGAACCAAAUCAUCCGGACGGCAAGCCUAACGAAUUGGCCGAAAUCAAUGCAUCUGCGGCGGAAAAGACUGAGGACGUGGAGGAGGUGGUGAUGCCAGAUGCAUCACAAGUAUCACCCGAGCCUAGUGACUCGCCAGAUGACAUACCAGACGUUCAAAUUCAUGACAAGGACUCGCAACCAGAGAUAAACCAUAUCAGCUGGCAAGAGCGUGUGGUGGUGGCAGACACAUUUGAUAACGCAGAGGCUGAUGAAGCGGAUGAAGAGGCCGAAGAGCUGUUCACGCCGAUGUCUCCCGUGCACGAGUAUACACCGUCGCCGCCACUCUAUCGACGCAACACGUUCGACGAGCUGGUCGCCGUCACAGACGUUCCCACUCUGAAUCGAAAAGAGAGGUGA